CUAGAAUAGAAGCAUUCCAAAUAAUUAUCUGCUCUGAAGCGCGGCAUCAGAUUUGUAAUUUUAAGGCCGACCUCCGAACCUAACAACGAAGCUAGGCAGUUGAUCAGAGAUCGUAUUGAUCAUCUAAAACUACCUACUUGUGCAUCACAACCGAUUAUUUGGAAUCACGUAAAAAUUUGGUUCAAUAAGAACAGAUUGAAAUCCCCAACGGAGACUGAUUGCAUUCAAGACAAAGUAAAAGCUCUCUAAUCUCCUCACUACUUUAAUUGUUGCUCGAUGAGGUUCCUGCGAUACUCUACGUGGCUCAACACUUUCCAACUCAUCACGCACCUAACUCGAGUUCGAGCCGAACGCCAGAUACCCAUCUCCAUCAAAACCUCAACUAAUUCUUCUUUGCUCCGGUCAUCUAUGCCGUCUAUCCCUUUCUUUGGCAGCUUCUUUAGUUCCACUUCCUCCAGCUCCGACAAGAUGACCUACCCUGUACAGAAGUCUGACGACGAGUGGCGCGCAGUCCUUUCCAAAGAGCAAUUCCGCAUCUUGCGUGAAAAGGGCACAGAGCGACCUGGCACCGGCGAGUUCGACAAGCACUCGCCCAAGUCGGGAGUCUACACCUGCGCCGGCUGCGACGCCCCACUGUACAAGGCGAGCCACAAGUUCUCGUCUGGCUGCGGGUGGCCCGCCUACUUCGACAGCGUCCCCGGCGCCGUGACCAGGCACGAGGACCGAACGCUGGGCAUGACCCGCGUCGAGAUCGUCUGCUCCAACUGCGGCGGCCACCUCGGGCACGUAUUCAAGGGCGAAGGCUACCCGACCCCCACCGACGAGAGGCACUGCGUCAACAGCGUUAGCCUCAAGUUUUCGUCCGAGGAUCAGCCUGUGGAUAAGGGUGAGGCCAAGGAGAGCAAGGCUUGAAUGGGGUCGGGAGUGUUGCUCGGGUAGCAUAGUGUUGCGUUGGAGUUGUCAUGGUUGUAGGUCUGCAUGCGGCGUUGAUUUGUUUGGGGGAUAUGCCUUGGAAAGCAGGCAGUAUAUAAACAACACUGUCUUUCUUCAAUUAUACCAUUGGGUAACUGCUCUUGAUGUUCAAUUUGUACCUUACCUGGCUUUGAAGCCGACUGCUAAUUGAAUGGCAAUAUUGGCGAUGCGGUGCAUCGCCGUCAUCCA